CCUGUUUUGAAACUGUCUCAUUGCUAUUUCUUUCUCAAUAAAUCUAAUAAAUAAAAAAGAAAGUAGAAAUUAAAGGAAAGUUGUUGAUAAAGCAAAGCAGCUACUGUGUAGUCUACCUUUAUGGAAUUGACUGCAUAAAAACUGUAAGUUUAUGUGAAAAAAAGAGAUUACAUACUAAAAUAGAUAUUUAGUGCCUAUGUCAUAGAUGUUUCUUUUCACUAUUUUUAGUAGCUUUAAAGAAAAAUUCAUUGACCAAUUUUCAAACAAGAGGUACAGUGAUAUAUCUAAUAAGGUAUAAGGCAAAAGGUUGGGAAAGAAUAGGACUAGCAGGGUCUGGGUCAUAAAACUUGUUUGAUUGCAUCUGAAAUCACUUGGUUUUCUUAGGAUUGACAUAAUUGAUCAUAUUCCUUUGACACUGUAGCCCAACUGUAGCCACCCAUAAGGGACUUAGUUGUCUACACCCCUAGUUUUAAAGUAUUAAAGUUGAUACCACUCCAUAGUAUGAACACUAAAGCUAGCAUAACUCAACAACCAAAAGGGCUUAGCAGUGAGAAGCUGUUAAGAAUGUUAUAUAAACUUUCUCAUAAAACUGCUCUGACCAUGCAGCAAAUAAAGUUUAGCAAUCACAAAAAAUAAGGACAUGAUAUGCUUACAAAUCCUUACUUUAUAUUUAUACCAACACCUUCCCCCAAAAGCGAAGGUAUGUUUCAAGAUUUUGUCUUUAUUCUUAGUGUUUAAUAUUUUAACUCCUUCCUUUCACACGCUUAAGAUAGUUCUGAUUUGCUUCGUCGUGUAAUCACAGAUAUGCUAAACAAAUCCCCGCCUUCUGGGAGGCCCAGGCAGGAAGAUUGACAUUAGGAGCUCAGACCGGGCAAUUUACGGUCUUAUACUCUGUCUCAAAAUAAAAAAUGUUAAAAGCCAGAGAUACAGCUCAGUGUGAAGGCUCUCGGUUCAACUCCCCAUUACCACCACCAACCCGCCGCCCCCCAGACACACACACUUGGAAUAGUAACCAACAAACCAGCAUUAUUUGCUUUCCUUUAUCUAAAGUCCUCACACUAGCACCUUGCAGGGAACACCCCAUGACUUAGCAAUGGCAACAUCUGUGCCUUGAACGGCAGCUCUGCGCCUCAUCUUGCUUGUCCUCGUAAACGUAGACUGUAAAGGAUUCACGACCUUGCGCCAAGCAGGAGGCCGUUAGGCGGGCGGCUCGCAGGCCGGGAGGCCUCGUUCCGCUGACCCAGCAGUGCGCCGCGGGGCCGGCUUCUGGCGCGGCCCGGGGCCAGCGCGGUUAUUUACGACUGUGCAGUCGGGUUGGAGAAGCAGGGCCAAGGACAGCCUGCGGGCGCCGUCGCCCGCGGGGUGAGCCCGGGCUCCGGCCGCCCCGGCGCGCCAAGGGCAGCGGGUCGCGCUCGCACUGGUCGCGCUCUGGCUGCGGCGAGGCUCCCGCACGCCCGACUUCUCGCGAGCUUUCGCCGCGCUCCCCCGGCGCCCCCGCCCCCGCGCCGCUGCCCGCGGCUUCGCGAUGGCUGCGCUGCGGAGGCUGCUGUGGCCGCCACCCCGGCUGCCGCCGACGCUGGCCUCUCACCAGCCCUUCCUGGGGCCGUGGGAGCGGCCUGCGGGGACCGCCGGGCCGGGCCGCGCCUUCUCCUGCAGGGAGGAUGAGGAGCGGGCGGUGGCGGAGGCGGCGUGGCGGCGGCGGCGGCGGCGGCGCUGGGGAGAGCUGAGCAUCGCGGCGGCGGCCGGCGGGGGUCUGGUCGGCCUCGUGUGCUACCAGCUCUACGGGGACCCCAGGGCCGAGCCCCGGCGCGCGCUGCUGCCCGGCCGCCCCUCGGAGAGCGCGGCCGCCGAGUCCGAGGACGCGCCCCACGGCCGGGGGCUGCUGCCCAUCCCAGUCGCCGCUGCCAAGGAGACGGUUGCUGUUGGAAGAACGGAUAUUGAAGACUUAGACCUGUAUGCUACAUCUCGAGAGAGGCGAUUUCGUUUAUUUGCUUCUAUAGAAUGUGAAGGGCAGUUAUUCAUGACACCAUAUGAUUUUAUUUUGGCUGUUACAACAGAUGAGCCCAAAUUUGCUAAAACGUGGAAGUCACUUUCCAAACAGGAAUUAAGUCAGAUGCUCUCAGAAACACCACCAGUUUGGAAGGGAUCAUCAAAGCUAUUUCGAAAUCUUAAAGAAAGAGGUGUGAUUUCUUAUACUGAGUAUCUUUUUCUUUUAUGUAUUUUAACAAAGCCACAUGCUGGUUUUAGAAUAGCUUUCAACAUGUUUGACACUGAUGGCAAUGAGAUGGUGGAUAAAAAGGAGUUUUUGGUGCUUCAGGAGAUAUUCAGGAAAAAAAAUGAAAAGAGAGAAACUAAAGGAGAUGAAGAGAAGCGUGCGAUGCUGCGUCUUCAACUUUAUGGAUACCAUUCUCCUACUAAUAGUGUACUUAAACCAGAUGCUGAGGAACUUGUCUCCAGAAGCUAUUGGGACACACUGAGACGAAACACAAGCCAAGCGCUCUUUUCAGACCUCGCAGAGCGUGCUGAUGACAUCACAAGUUUAGUAGCAGAUACUACACUUCUUGUCCACUUUUUUGGAAAGAAAGGAAAAGCUGAGCUCAACUUUGAAGAUUUUUAUAGAUUCAUGGAUAACCUCCAAACAGAAGUGCUAGAAAUAGAAUUCCUUUCCUAUUCUAAUGGAAUGAAUACUAUCAGUGAGGAAGAUUUUGCUCAUAUUCUUUUACGAUAUACAAAUGUGGAAAAUACAUCAGUAUUUUUGGAAAAUGUACGUUACAGUAUACCGGAAGAGAAGGGCAUCACAUUUGAUGAAUUCAGAUCAUUUUUCCAAUUUCUGAACAACCUAGAAGACUUUGCAAUAGCCCUAAAUAUGUAUAACUUCGCAAGUCGUUCUAUUGGUCAAGAUGAAUUUAAACGUGCUGUCUACGUAGCUACUGGACUGAAACUUUCACCACAUUUAGUGAACACUGUAUUCAAGAUUUUUGAUGUUGACAAAGAUGACCAAUUAAGUUAUAAAGAAUUUAUUGGAAUUAUGAAGGACAGACUCCAUAGAGGAUUCCGGGGUUAUAAGACUGUCCAGAAGUAUCCUACUUUCAAAUCCUGUCUGAAAAAAGAACUUCAUAGCAGAUAAAUACUUCUAAAGCAAACUUUAAGGAACUAUUAUCUGACAAACACAGAAGCAAAACUUUCUUCGAGUGGAAGCAAGUCUGAGAUCAGAACAUGUAGAAAAUGAAGGAAAAGGUGAAAAGUUAUGAAAUUUCUGUUUUCUUGAAAGAAAUUCUUAAAGAGAGAAAACGCAUCUUCUAUGUUUUGUAUAAACAACUUCAGCUUUUCCCUUCAUUUACUGAACGCUGCACUUUUUCAUUCCUUUCAGAAGUAUGAAGAUACUUAGAAUAACUAUGUAAGAAUAUAUUUAAAUAUUUCUAUUUAUUUAUCAGAACUUUGCCUCAUUUCAAAGUAAUUUAUGACUGAUAGAAUGCAGAUCACCUAAAAAUGAACAAAACAUUUUCUUUGGCUUUGAACUGUGAACUUAUUUGGAAAAUGCAUAUGGCUUCCUAUUUACUUUUAUGCCCUUACAAUUGUUAGUAAAUCCCUAUUGUUUGCCAGGUUUUCAAGUAUAUUGAAAUAAUUUGAGGAAAAUAGGUAGAAAUUAAGGUACUAAAUAACAUGAUGAUGGUUUACAUUGUGCUUUUAACUUUUAAAAGUACUUAAGUAACAUUUAUUGUGUGACUUGUAAAAUUUUUGUUAUUGUUGUUAUUCAUUUACCAAAGCCAAUGGAAAGAAUGUCUGGUCUCCUUUUAGGUGUAGUAUAAUAAAUUUAAGAUGUAGAGCUUUUUUCUCAAUUAUAUUGAUAAUUAAAAGCAGGUCAGCUGUAAUAGUAGACAGUCAUUAUUGUUUUAAACAUGAUGCUGCUCCUAAUUAUAGGUGAUAUAUGUAAUGCUAGUAAAAGUAAUAUUCUACAGCUUUGUAACUUAUUCCAUAUUGUUAAUAUAUGUCUUGAUACCAAAAUUAAUGUUAUAAAUUAAUAAUAAAAAAUAGUUUAAAAGACUGAUGUAUGUUUAGGCAGAAGUUAAUGUCUUCUUUCUUUCUGAAGGACCACAUGCAAAAGAUGCCAGUAAUAAUAACUUAAAUAUAAUUUGUUAUUUCCAAAACCAUAUGUCUUCAAACAGAAAAUACUUUCUUUUGAAAAACCAUAAAACUAGGUUUUCAAAUGGAGAAAUAAUUUGAUAUUUAAUAGAAAUCUGUUUAAAGAUAUAUAAGGAUAUUAAUACAAAAUUAGUGCAAUAAUUUAAGUAUUGCAUGUGGAAUAUAGUUCAAUUAUCUUCUUUCCUAAGGCAUACUUAAUGAUGUUACAUACACUCCAAUUAUUGUAUUGCUUUUGCAUAUAAAAAUUCCUAGUAAACACUGAGUUUGUUUUUCUGUUAAUAAAUGUGAAUUUGUAUCAUCUUA